AUGAUCGUGACUGGAAUCUUUCUUCUGUUUGUCGCAGUGCCAUUGGUAUGCGUUGCGGAGGAAAAUACAGAAACUAUGCCUCCUGGUUGCGUGCAAGUCUCGGUCGAGAGUUUCAAACACGUCAGUUGUGAGGCCACCUUAUCAACAGCUUUAGGAUCUCUUUGCAGCUUUAUAUUUUCCAAGGAAAUUCCAGGGGGAAAAUGGCUUGGAUAUGCAGGUUCAGGAAACUAUACCUGCAAAGUGUGCUGCGCAAACCAGAAUGGAAAUACGCAACAUUAUAGGGUGACCAACGCUCCGAGCACCUUUCCCUGUGGAGACGGCAAGACAUGCUCGAAAGGAAGAUGCCCUAAGUAA